CAGCCUAUCGACUCAGUCGCUGUGCGAAUCUUCAGCUGGUCUGAGAGAUUAACGGUUGUCGGAGGUGUGAAGGUGCGAAUCGAACGAUCAUCGCGAAACGCAAAUGUGUAAUCAACGCUAGAAGCAACGAUUGUGACGGUGAGAUCAAUCCGGUGGCAACAAAGUGCCCAUGUUUCAAACGUGCAUUGUAAUGAGGACAAAUAACUGCAAUGAAUGGUUAAGAAUAAAACGGUUUCUGUGUUGCUAUAAAAGCUAAGUGAAGCGUUGUGCUAUAAAAGCUGUGCUACUGUUAUACUCAACGAAAAGCAUACUGUAUAAACCACCGAGUGUUGUUAAGUAAAAGUGUUCCCGAAAAUAAAAGGACUCAAUUCCGUCUGCAGCUGGUCUCAGCGGAUCCUUGUGCUGCUGUGUGUAUGUGCUGGCGCAGCAAAGACAGCCUUCGAAAAUGCACUUCGGUUUGGCGGAUGCAUCUGUGUGGCUAGUGUUGAUCGCGGUGCGAUUACAGCUGUGCAACUGCUCGAAGUACACCUGCACGAUCAGUUCGGAUGGGUUUUGCAUCUUCCAGGGCGUACACAUCGAAAGUCCGGAGCAGGCGGCGAAUGUACAGCUGGAACCGCCGGCCGGUGCGACGGUCGAUGUGACGCGUGUCAAGUUCCGUGAGUCGAGCAUGUACAUGCUGCCGCCCGGUAUGUACGGUGCCUUUCGCAAUCUGCAGGAACUGCGCGUCUGGUGGAUGCAUCUGCACAGUAUUCACAUCGAUCCACGGUUACUAUCGCUGGACGCGGAGAAGAAUCGCAUCAGUAGCAUUACGACCGAUCCCGGCACGGUACCGUUGCUGCGCAAGCUCGAACUCAACCUGAAUCGGCUGCGCAACAUUGACAACAUCUCCGUGUUUGAAAAUCUCGAAGUACUGCUACUGUCACACAACGAUCUCCGCACGCUGGAUCUGUGCGUGUUCCAGCGGAUGUCCAAGUUGCGGCACCUGGAUCUUUCCAGCAACAACAUCGCACUGGUGCGGAGUUCCAUCGCGACGGAGAAGCUUACCUCGCUGACAGUAUUAUAUCUGAACGAUAAUCGACUUACCUACCUGGAUCUGAGCGUGCUCCGUUCGUUUCCAGCACUGGAAAAGGUACAUCUCGGCAAUAAUGCGCUCGUUUACGUGGACCAUGUAUCACAGCCGACUACGUUACCCCGACUGCGCACAUUUCACGUGCAUGGCAAUGACUGGCACUGUGAAGCACUUACCGAGCUGAUCGGUCAGCUAAAGAAGACCAGUGUGCAGGAAUUCAAGGCAUACAGCGAGCUCAACUGCAAGGAGCGCCUGAUCGAGGGUGUAUGCUGUACCGAAAACAAACCCUUUGCGCUGUUGCGCAAAUCGAACCAACAUCUCGCCAGCUACGCAACCGAACUCAACGGGCACACGCGUCAUCUGAUGCGUGAGUUGCAGCACACGCGCCACGAGGUGGCCCGGCUGAUCGCGAACGAUAACUACACGCAGGUUUCGCUGCAGAACAUCGGUGACGAGGUGGAGGAGCUACGUAAUCAACUGACAGAUGCGCUGGUCGCACCAGACCCCGUGACCGGACGUCCAGUAAAACCAACCACCGCUAGCCGAACCUUACCGGACGGUAGUUCCAUCAAUCCCGAGCGGCUUGUCGCGGAGGUGGCAAAAUUACGGCUCGACUUCCAGAAGAUGGCAAACGAGAAUCAAACACUUCGCCAGAAGUUGCGCCAGUAUGACAAGCUGCGGCAGGAGGUGGAAGUGUUACGGACCGACAACAACGAUGCGAAACUAGAGCGACAGCUUAUGAAGGAAGAGAACGCACUGCUCCGGCAGGAUCUUCACCAGCUGGAGCAAAAGUUACUGGAGCUGCAAAAGCAGCUGUUUAGCCGUGGUGCGACCGUCUGACGGCAACUAUCCGGUCCGUAUCGUGUAGAAUUGAUCUGAGCGCACGUGUCCAUGCGUACGCCAUUUAUCUCUCACAAUAUUCUCUCUACUAAAACGCUUAGUGUAGUUUCCCCUCUUCAUUUCUCUCGCUCUCUCUCUCUCGUGCUCCUCCUAUUAGAUCUAUUAGACGCGCUCGAUCUCACUCUUUUUAUGGCUGGAUGGGAGUGAGUGAAAGCGAAACGAGAGAAAGAAAGAGAGAGAGGGAGACAGAAACAGUGUGCAGAAAGGAAGCUUCUCUUGCAGACAGGUGUAACGCACCUUGGUUUGUGGAUCUACUAUUACACUACCUUAGUAAUCGUAGGACAAAACACUGUCCGAAUCGUACCAAAGAUCACUCAAUCUACAUUAGUAUAUCAUUAGCUAUGAGAUCCCUUCAGCUUUCGGUAGCAGCAACAAGAAGAAAAAAAAGAAACAAAAGAAAAAGACAUAAGAAGCUGUUAGUA